ACCUUCAUCAAAUUCCUACAGGGGUAGUCCCGUCCUUUCACCCUCAGGAAAACCACGUUAAUUUCCAAAACCCCUCCGUCGUCUGUAUUUGUAUGUGUAAAACCACCGUGCUGUGUGUGUCUCUGCAGAGCCGUAACUAACUCAUCGUAAUAUUCUCCGAUCCGACGGUCGUCAACUCUUCGGAUCAACUGCAUUCUCGAUUGAUUAACCGUUCAUGUACUCAUCUUCACUACACACACUAGUUUUAAUCGUUUUGUUUUGAUUCCGAUAUCAAAAUCUCCGAUCAACUUUCCGGCGAAGGAUCGUAUAAUUCGAGUUCGAUUAACGUCAAUAUUUGUUGAGAAAAUUCGGUGAUUUUAGGUUUCUUAGGCUUGAUUGUUGCAAUUAAAAGCUUAAAAACCGCUACGUUCAUGGCUUCGAUAAACCUACGGUCGGAAAACGGUGGCGGCGACGGUUACAGGUCGCCGGAGCGUUCGGUUAGGGUUUCUCCGGCUCGGAUUACGGUCGUACGCGAUGAAAACGAUGAACUGUCUCCUCCGGUGGUUUCUGUUAGUUUUCCGGUCGAAACGGCGUCGUUUUCGUCGUCACCUAUUCAGGAGCAAAUCGUGAAAAGUUCAACUGAUACGGCGAGUGGUUCCGACGAGAGUUCCGACGGCGGUGGUAAUGCGGUGAAGAAGCCGGUGUGGAGUAAACCGGCAAACGUGGUUGAGGUUGUCAGUCCGGUUAUGGAUGUGGCUUCUUGGCCGGUUCUCGGCGAGUCUACUAAGACUGCUAGUUCAUCGUCUUCAUCGGAUUCGUUACAGGUGACUGCAAAUUCAUCUUCUUCAUCACAUAAACCUUCAAGUGUGAAUCCUGCUUCUACUCCAAACCAUGUAACACAUUCUGCGCAGAGGUCGAUGAGGCGAGGCAGUGGGAUUUCGGGUGCGGAUCUAUCAUCAACGGGAAGGGUUUCUCAGCGGUCACCAGCAAGCCAAGAAUCAAAAGUUGAAUCUGUUACUAAUCCGCCUGUAAAACCUGCUAUGGUUCUUGAUCCUUAUCCAAAAGACCAUACAUACAAGGAGCCACCACGAGGCGGUCUUGUCUCACAACCAAACAGUGGUAAUGACCAUCACUAUCAACAGAAUGCAUAUAAAAGAGGCUAUGGUGGGCCACAUCCACGCGGCCAUAGUCAGAGUCAGGGUCGGGGCUAUCAGGAACGGAAUCAACAUAGAAACUUUAACAACAAGGAUACCACUAUGCAGCCUCACAGAGGUGGUUACCACAGGGGUGGUUACAUACGACCGUCUGCGCAUAAUUCAACUCCAUUUAUUCAUCCACCAAUGCCCCAGCCAGUGCGACCGUUUGGUAGCAAUAUCAUGUACCCUGCAGAUGCUGCAUCUGGUAUAAUUUAUUUUCAUGGUCCACCACAUACAUCAUUUUUUCCUGCUCCAAUUUACUUUCCGGUUCUAGAUCCGUUGCCUGACAAGAUAAGGAAACAAAUCGAAUUCUACUUUAGUAUUGAUAAUUUGGUCAAAGAUAUAUACUUGAGACGAUGCAUGGAUGAAGAGGGCUGGGUUCCUGUUAAUUUUAUUGCAGGCUUUAAUAAAGUUUUGUGUCUGACUGAUAAUGUUCAACUAAUACUUGAUGUAAUGCAGCAAUCAACUGUUGUGGAAGUUCAGGGUAACAAGAUGAGGCGGCGUGAUGACUGGGUGAGGUGGCUUAUGCCUCCAGGUGUUCAAGAUUCAUUGGGGCGCCAUUCACAACCUGGUGGAGGUGACCCGCCCCCAGUGGCUUAAGGGAUAUGAGAAUAAUUAUAUGUGAUAUACAUGCACAAAUAUCUAUAUACACACACACACACACAAGACCUCGAUGAUAAUGCGGGCUAUCUUGGAUUUCUGUGGAGAUUCACUGGGAGAUGGAAAUGAUGUUUUGAGAGGCACAUUAAACACAUAAAACCAUCCAAAACCAAAAAAAAAUGGAAAAAAAAAAACCAAAAAAAAAAGGAAAAAACAAAAAAAAAAUGAAAAAUGAAAAAAACAAAAACAAAAAAAAUGGAAAAAAAAACAAAAAAAAAAUUAUAUUUAUAUAUAUGUAUAAAACAUAAAGUGGAUAUAGUUAUUGUGACUUUGGAGAUGGUUGACUUUGAUUUUGUUGGAUUUAUUAUUUAUUUUUUUGGACCUAUUUUCCAUCAUGGUUGUGUGUUUUCUAUUGUGGUUGGUUGUAUUUAGAUGAUAUUGGGGAAGAAUUUGGUGGUUUCUUCCUCCAAAUUUGUGCAGGUCUGAUGUGAUGCAGAUGCAGGUAAUUUGGACUUGUGGGAUGUGGUUGUCUUUGGUGACAUAUUUGAUCAUAAA